AUGCCACUCCCCAGCUCUGGAACACGAAACCUCAAAGAGCCGCUCUCCGCCCUGCUAGUGGGCAUCACUGCUACAUGUCUAGCUCUGGGCGCCUAUGCGACACUGCGGAAUGGAAAGCCCUUGAAGGCGAGGGUGAAGCUUACUGCCACUAUCCGAGCCACACUCGAACGAACGUCAAGCUAUACCUCCAAGUCCGGUGGCGCUACCUCUACAUUGAAGUCUGCUGCGACGAAAGGGGGCUCGGAUGAUGACAUUUCUGGGGAAAUCGGCCUUUUACUCGGGGGAAAUCUUGAAGCUGCAAUUCAAGAGUGCAAAGAGAGGGUUGAAAGGAUUAGUAGAGAAUGUCGAGCAGAGAACCGCAAAUUCCGAGACCUAGAAUUCGAUCUCGAAUCUGAUAAAGAGCUGUGUCUGUACACCCUUUCGAGCACAAGACGGUCUCUAUUAUGUCCAGCAGACACAAUUCGCAUCACGGACCUUUGGGAGCACCCAAAGUUCUUUGCCGACCAUGCGAAUCCAAACGAUAUUCGGCAGGGCACACUGGGAGAUUGCUGGUUCUUAUCAGCCCUAUCGACGAUAAGUGGUCUGAAAGGUCUUGUAUCGAAGCUGUGUGUCGCACGCGACGAAGAAGUCGGAGUAUAUGGCUUCAUAUUCUGUAAACAUGGCAUCUGGACACCAGUCAUCGUCGACGAUCUUCUUUACUCCCAAAUGCCAAUCUACGAGAACCUGAGAACGAGGGAACAGCAAAUAUGCCGACAAGACAAGGACGCGUACAACGCUAUGGCUCGCAAAGGAGGCGAAGGCCUCUUCUUUGCCAAGUCGGGUUACGACGGCGAGACGUGGGUCCCAUUGAUCGAGAAGGCCUUUGCCAAACUUCACGGAACGUACGAAGCUCUGUCUGGUGGACAAACAGCCCAAGCGUUAGAGGAUCUGACUGGUGGUGUGAACGAGUCAUGGAAGAUCAUGGAUAUCCUCGACACCGACCGUUUCUGGGAGGAAGAGCUAUCCAAAGCAGGCGUGGACCGCUUCUUCGACGUGAGCCUCGCCCGUCUCACGAAGAACGCCAGCCAAACCUACAAUACCGAGAACCUCGUCUUCCGACACGCCUACUCUGUUCUUCGAGCACGCCAAGUCUGCGGACGCAGGUUCGUCGUCAUCCGCAACCCCUGGGGGAAGACUAUAGCAAAGUGGAAUGGGAGGUGGGGGGAUGGGUCGAAAGAGUGGACGGAGCUCGGGAGGGAGGAGAGGGAGGAGAUUCUGAGGGUCAUGGAGUACAAGUUGGGCGAUUAUGGGACGCUUAUGAUGGAAUAUUCUGAUUUCCUCACUUGUUGGCAUUACAUCCAACGAGUCAUCGUAUUCGAUUCUUCAUGGCGGGCUUCACAAAUUUGGAUCGAAGUUCCUCCCAAACCCGACGGGUUCCCUUGGCAAUUCGGCGAGGUUAUGUAUUAUUUCACCCUCUCCAAACCCUCCCCAGUUCAUAUCGUCCUCUCCCAAAUUGACUGGCGUGCCUUUGAGGACAUCUCCGGGCGUGUAUGGUUCCUCCUUGAUUUCUACGUCUGCAAAAGGGGCGAGAAAGACUGGAGAGGCGUCUCUGCGCUGACGUUCCUAUGGGAAAGAAGCGUCUCGUGCUACUUGGAGACGUUGGAGGAGGGAGAGUACGUCGUCUAUCCCAGGGUACAAAGAUACUUUGGAUUCAAGAAGAUGUGCUACUUCAAAGAAGCACUCCAAGAAAAGAAAUGGGACGAACGCAAGCUCGCUCGAGCGCUAACACGGCGAGCACAAUGUUUCGCACUCGCGGAAAACGCGGACCACAACUCCAUCGCACCCUACCUCCCCACCGCCCAAGACGCCCCACGCCCACCAAACGCCAUUCCACCCCCUCCGCCACCCCCUCCACCACCAACAACAACGGACCCGAAGAAGAAACCGCCCAUCCCGACACACGUAACGCUGUACGAACUAUGUAAAGACCCAGAAGACAGACAAAAACUUGUCCUGGGGCUGAGAGUAUAUGCGAAGGAGGGUUGUCUGGAGUCGAUACGGGGGUGGAUACCGUCGCCAGGGAUGGGCGCUUAUGAACCUGAGGGAGGGUGGCCUGUUGCCGCUGUAUGA